AUGGCCGACGCAGACGAGGGCUUUGGCCUGGCUCACACACCCCUGGACCCAGACUCCAAGGAUCUACCCUGUGACUCAAAACCCGAGAGCGCGCUAGGGGCCCCCAGCAAGUCCCCGUCGUCCCCGCAGGCCGCCUUCACCCAGCAGGGCAUGGAAGGGAUCAAGGUGUUUCUCCAUGAAAGAGAACUGUGGCUGAAAUUCCACGAAGUGGGCACGGAAAUGAUCAUAACCAAGGCUGGCAGGCGGAUGUUUCCCAGUUACAAAGUGAAGGUGACCGGCCUUAAUCCCAAAACGAAGUACAUUCUCCUUAUGGACAUCGUCCCCGCCGACGACCACAGAUACAAGUUCGCAGAUAAUAAAUGGUCUGUGACGGGCAAAGCGGAGCCCGCCAUGCCGGGCCGCCUCUACGUGCACCCGGACUCGCCGGCCACUGGGGCGCAUUGGAUGCGGCAGCUCGUCUCCUUCCAGAAACUCAAGCUCACCAACAACCACCUGGACCCAUUUGGGCAUAUUAUUCUAAAUUCCAUGCACAAAUACCAGCCAAGAUUACACAUCGUGAAAGCGGACGAAAAUAAUGGAUUUGGCUCAAAAAAUACUGCGUUCUGUACCCACGUCUUUCCUGAGACUGCGUUUAUUGCGGUGACUUCCUACCAGAACCACAAGAUCACCCAGUUAAAGAUUGAAAAUAAUCCCUUUGCCAAAGGAUUCCGGGGCAGCGAUGACAUGGAGCUGCAUAGAAUGUCGAGAAUGCAAAGUAAAGAAUAUCCCGUGGUUCCCAGGAGCACAGUGAGACAGAAAGUGGCCUCCAGCCACAGUCCUUUCAGCAGUGAGCCUCGAGCUCUCUCCGCCUCGUCCAACUUGGGGUCCCAGUACCAGUGUGAGAAUGGUGUGUCUGGCCCCUCCCAGGACCUCCUGCCCCCACCCAACCCGUACCCGCUGCCCCAGGAGCACGGCCAAAUUUACCACUGCACCAAGAGGAAAGAUGAAGAAUGUUCCACCACAGACCAUCCCUAUAAGAAGCCCUACAUGGAGACGUCGCCCAGUGAAGAGGACCCCUUCUACCGCUCCGGCUACCCCCAGCAGCAGGGCCUGGGUGCCUCCUAUAGGACAGAGUCAGCCCAGCGGCAGGCCUGCAUGUAUGCCAGCUCGGUGCCGCCCAGCGAGCCCGUGCCCAGCCUGGAGGACAUUAGCUGCAACGCCUGGCCCAGCAUGUCCUCAUACAGCAGUUGCACGGUCACCACCGUGCAGCCCAUGGACAGGCUACCCUAUCAACACUUCUCUGCUCACUUCACCUCGGGGCCCCUGGUCCCCCGGCUGGCUGGCAUGGCGAACCACGGCUCCCCGCAGCUCGGAGAGGGAAUGUUCCAGCACCAGACCUCCAUGGCCCACCAGCCUGUGGUCAGGCAGUGUGGGCCUCAGACUGGCCUCCAGUCCCCCGGCAGCCUUCAGGCGUCGGAGUUCCUGUACUCUCACGGCGUGCCAAGGACCCUGUCCCCGCAUCAGUACCACUCGGCCGUGCACGGAGUCGGCAUGGUUCCAGAGUGGAAUGACAGCAGCUAA